AUGGCAUCUUUAUCGAGGCCCGUGUCCAGCCCAGCCCGUGCGGUCAACUACCCGCCGCCAUUGCUGAGGUUCUUGCGGAGCGGCGCAGGUAGCAAGAACAGAAAACCGGCUCGCCGGAGCCCGGUUUUCGGCCUUCGCGGAGGGAGGAGAAGCUCGGCCGCGCCGGAGCCGUCUUCCCCGAAGGUUACGUGCACGGGCCAGGUCAGAGAAUCAGGCGGGCGGCGCCGCCGCUGCUGGUUGUCCGUGAAAUCAAAAGCCCUGUUUUCGAAAUGUCAAGAAAGGUUUUUUAGCUGGUGGGUUCUGUUGAAGGGUGAAAGGGCUGAAAAUUCCGUUCAAGACUGUAAUGACGAAAAUGCCCCUGACGGGCCUUCUCCUCCGCCGCCGGAAAACGCCGUGAUCUUGACCAGGUGCAUGUCGGCUCCGUACAGAUCGUCGUCGUUGGGAGGGUUAAUUUGGGGUUCUUCGUUGGGUGAGGAGAAGGGCAAAAUUGGAAUUGAGAAUGGGGCAAAUUUGGAAAAUCUCAGUUGGGAAAGUUCAAGAAUUGGUGAAGAAAAUUGUGGCAUGAAAUUAGAGGAUUUGGUGAGAGAUUUUCAAGGUAUAAAGGUGAAUGGGGGAGGUGCUGGUGCAGUGCACCCAUUGCUGCUCACAAGGUGUAGAUCAGAGCCAGCAAGAAAAGGUCUGUUUUAG